AUCAUCUGGGUCAAAUGAUUUUAAAAUUAUGCGUAUCUUCCCGGCCAUUAUUAAAAAAACUCAAAUUUCUACCCUUCGCCAUUCCUAGCUUCUCAAGGUCUCUUGCUGCCGAUGGAAACCGCUCAAAUCCGAUAAUGGAUCAUCCCAACUGCUACUCAGUCCUGGCCGAUCAUCUCCGGAACAGAAGAAUUGAUGAAGCCCGCGCGCUUUUCUCCAGAAUCCAGCUCCCCAGCGUUUAUCUCUGCACCAAAAUGAUCGCCGGGUAUGCCGAGAAUGGGAGGCUGAAGGAUGCACUGGACCUGUUCGACGAAAUGCCCGUGAAAGAUGUUGUCAUGUGGAACUCCAUGAUCAAAGGGUGCGUGGGUUGUGGGGAUGUGGGGAUGGCAAUGGAGCUGCUCGAUGAAAUGCCCGAGAGAAAUGUGGUUUCUUACACCACUGUGAUCACUGGGUUCUUGAAGUUUGGGAUGGUCGAGGAGGCGGAGGUCCUGUUUCACGAGAUGCCAUCAAGGGACAUAACCUCCUGGAACGCGAUGGUUUCUGGGUAUUUUGAGAAUGGCAGGGUGGAGGAAGCGCUGAGGUUGUUUGAGAUGAUGCCACAUAGGAAUGUUGUUUCUUGGACCACGGUGAUCUGUGGGCUUGACCGGCACGAGAGGAGCGACGAGGCAUUGUUGAGUUUCGCGAAGAUGUUGGGUUUUGGAAUAAAACCCAACUCAAGCACUUUCGCGUCCGUUCUAACCGCUUGCGCGACCACAAAGGACCUUGUUUUAGGGUGUGAGAUUCACGCCGCGUCCACAAAGGCUGGUUUGAGAUUCGAUGUAUAUGUCACUGCUUCACUCAUCACAUUUUACGCCACUUGUUUGAAAAUCGACGAUUCUUGCAGGGUUUUUCAGGAGAAGAUCCACAAGAAUGUGGUGGUGUGGACGUCUCUAGUAACUGCCUACACCCUAAAUCAUAUGCAUAAAAAUGCACUCUCUCUUUUCGCGCGCAUGCUCCAAAACUGCAUUCCCCCCAACCAAUCAUCCUUCACCAGUGCAUUGAACUCGACCUGUGAAGUACAGUCGGUUGACCAUGGGAAAGAGAUUCACUGCCUCGCGUUCAAACUAGGGUUCAACGCCGAUGCCCAUGUGGGUAACUCCCUAGUUGUCUUGUACUCCAAAUGCGGGGACAUGAGUGAUGGUCUUCUCAUGUUUAACGAAAUAAAAGACAAGAACAUCGUCUCGUGGAACUCAAUCAUAGUUGGGUGCGCGCGACACGGUCUAGGAAACCACGCGCUCGGAUUGUUUGCCCAAAUGGUGCGCAAAGAUGUUGUCAUCGAUGACAUCACGCUCGCGGGUUUGCUCACAGCUUGCAGCCACUCUGGCAUGUUUGGGAAAGCAAGGGCGAUAUUCGACUACUUUUCCAUGUCCAUGGAGAUCAUUAAGAUGGAGCAUUAUGCAUGUAUGGUGGAUAUCUUAUGUCGCGAUGGGAGAUUGGAUGAAGCGGAGAGUCUAGUGAAUAACAUGCCCGUUGAACCCAAUCUUUCGGUAUGGGUAGUUCUGCUAAGUGGCUGCGCGAAACAUUGUGACGUAGAAUUCGCCGAAAGAGCUGCCGAAAAGGUAUUUCAGCUUGAUCCAAACUGUAGUGCAGCUUAUGUUAUGCUGUCAAAUAUGUAUGCUGCAAUUGGGAGGUGGGAUGAUGUUGAAAGGAUUAGAGUGGAAAUGAAGAGGAAAAGGAACAUAGUAAAACAACCUGGAUUCAGUGUCAAAUUCAUGGCGGACGCGAGGACGGACACUGGCGGAAGCUCCGCCGGAAAAAGGAUCGGAGAUCUCUGGAAUAAACUCUUCGGCUGGGUGAUGAAGAUGAAAAGGGACGAACAGAGUGGAAUUUCCGAGGAACGCCUUCCAAUCGGAGCGGAUCGCUCGCUUGGAGAGAGAGUUCUGCGUGAGUGGAUGUCCAACGAUUUGUCCGGAGAGGAAUCCGAACCAGAGGUUGUCCGAUCCGAACCAUCUGUGGAGCCCGGACAGGUGAGGGAGAUGAUGCUGGAAAGGUUGGGGUUAGGUUCAAAUGGAUCUGGAACUGAUUCCGAUGGUGCGGGCCACGGUGUUCUUGAAGAUUUCGGGAUUGAGACAAACAUUGAAGGGUUUCGGGAACGACUUCAAGAGAUUGUUUGCGAAGAAAGUUGUGCAGCUGAUUCACUUGAGGGAGUUGCAGAGAUGUUCCAGGAAGGUGAUGGGGAAGAAGAAAGCUUGGUGAACUCCGAUCGAUCUGAAUCUGAGUCUGAAUCUGAAUCAGCUGGAAUGGAGUGGGUUUCAGGCGUCUUCUCGGCUGCUGGGCAUGGCUUGAUCUGGGUUCUUGGCAAGGUCUGUUGGUGUGCAGACGUUCUGCUGCAGCACUAUAACGCCCAUGGUUUCUAAUCUUCUGUUCUGGAUACAUUUCAGUGAUGACAGUUGUUACAGUGGAAAAUGUAAACAGUUGUUACAUUUCAGUGAUUUCAUUUACAGAUUUGGGAUCAUUCUUUGCUGGGUUUAUUGAUUUUUUUGUUGGCAAUAGCCAAAAGUAAGCUUGGGAGAUUGUAAACAGGUUUUUUCGAAGCUGGAUUUUCACUUUGUUGUCAUUUGAAUAUUUUGCUUAUAUACUUAAGACACUAAAACAUUCCCCCAGAUAAAACCUAGUAUAUUUAGUUAUUUUUAUGACACGUAAUUCGUGUUAAAUGAAAUGUCUCUACAAAU